CGGGGUUCCCCGUGCGUCUGACCCGGCCCAGAUAGCGAGCGGCCUUCGACCUUCGCCGAGACAAACAUUCGCCCGAUUAUUCUCCCGCCUCAUGUCGGUUCUUACCGGGAUUUGCUCUUCUGUCUGAGCUCUCGGAACCGACCUCCCUUUGCUGAUGAAAAUCAUCUGUGAUUUCCGGUCUGAUGAGCGGUUCUGACACAAGUGAGAUCUUUGCGGGUGAUCUUCGGGGUGUUGGCUAAGGCUUAGAGAUACAUACGAGGUGUCAGGAAAGAGGCGUGAAACAUUUGUUCGUUUAGAAAGAAUUCAACUUUCCUGGGCAAGAUGACCUUGGCUCUCGCUGCAAUGACCCCGCUGGCCUCGGGGCCCAAAAGCAGUCAUACCUCGAACUCGGAAGUGGAUAUGAUGAUAGAAAACGAUGCGAUCCAUGCGGCACUGAACGGUCCUCCACGCAAAAGAAAGAGGACCCGAAAGGUCCAAACAGACCGCAAGUUCGAAUGUACAUUCGAUGGGUGCGGCAAGAGUUACUCGCGAGCGGAGCAUUUGUACCGCCAUCAACUAAACCAUACCCCCAAGCAAAUUUACCGAUGCGACUUUCCUGACUGUUACCGAUCCUUUGUGCGACAAGACCUAUGUGUACGCCAUAGAGAACGUCACACUACCCAAGGCUCACAACUGCAGAAGCGAGAUCACUUCGCUCAGGCAGCAGCAAGCAACGGCAGCCUGCGAAAGCCACAAACAACUCAAAAUAUGCCACAGAUGAACGGAAGCCAGGCCUCUCCUCUCAUUCCCAUCCCCUCUAAAUACCCGUCCACCCAGUCAAUGGAAGGCCGAAUGGAUGCCAAUGCUCCGAACCAACAUGUACAUAUACCAUCACCUCCAGGUUCUAUUGGAAUGGGCCAGGCAUUUAAUUACCAGCCCUUGAUCUCCCAGCAUGGCGUCGAACUGUCGGACCCUACGUUUUCCCGAUCAAAUAGUUCGAGCAACCAUACUCUCAGCUCCCCACCUGGACAUUCGAGCACGACAACGUUUAGUCCACCCGAAAUACAAGCUGCGUCUCAUGUUGUGCUUCACGGGCAUUCUUCCGGCAAGGCUUCGCCCAAAGCAGGAGACCUGGGCCAAGACACGCGAUCUCGUCACUCCUUGACCGAAACCAGCUCCAUUUCACAUGAUCUUGAUGGAUCAUCGUUGGAACAUUCCACAUCUUACGCUGGCUUACAGAUCCCUGUAGGAGGAUACACCGAUAUUACGAUGGCGCCAACGACAUCUGCAACAUCGACAUCUCUGGACCGAGCGACACUAGAUUCUAUGUCUGGAAUGAUGACCUCCGGGCCGACAGUGGGAGAUGCCGGGUUUGACUCGUUGGCCUCCUGCGUUUACCCGGUCUUUGGUGGGGAAGCCCACAACCGGUCACCUUUCGCAAUGGCAGAUGACUUUACAGCAUGGCUGUUCAACGAUCCCGUCACAGGUUCGCCAUCAAUGGGUUACCCUGCAACUACUAAUGUUGUCCCAAACUACUUGGAUGCCGUCCAAUUGCAGAAUCAAUUCUUCAUGAGCGAUCCUGCCUAUGGCAGCUUUCUAAGUGGUGUCAUUCCGCAUCACCCUAUGAGCGUGACCAGUAUUCUGGAUCCUGGGUCACCACGGGCUAUCAUGUCAGAGGAGAAGAGACAGGAACUCCUAGCGCUCAUGAGUUCUAGGUUCAAUGAGGCCUUCUAUUCCGUGGCAGCCAAGCGGAAGGAUGCUUUGAUGGACGGCGAUAUCGACGACGAUGACCACGUUCUCAGUCUACGCAUGAUGCAGACGUACAUCGGGUCAUAUUGGUAUCAUUUCCACUCUCAGCUACCCAUCCUGCAUCGUCCGACUUUUGUGGCUGACAAAACGCCCAAUCUGCUUUUGCUUGCAGUGAUGGCUAUUGGUGCAUCCACGUUGGAUAGGAUCCACGGACCGGAGGUGACUGAGGCGGCAUCUGAGCUGGCAAACUUCAUCGCAUGGCAUCUACGGACAGAGCUCUUCAUGGACGGUGACUUUCGUCCGCCAGCCAAGCUCUGGAUUUUUCAGGCGCUAUUGCUGCUAGAGGUAUAUGAAAAGAUGUAUUCCACGCGUGCGCUGCACGAGCGGGCGCACAUUCAUCACGACACCACACUCACGCUGAUGCGACGCGGUAGCUCAUUGAUUGGCCGCUCCGCAUUGGACUCGCCCGCAAGCUUGCGGGAAGACCGGCAGGCCCGGUCGGCCUCUGGAUCGACAAUGGCACCAGACUUUGCGGCCGAGGAGUCCUGGUCUCACUGGAUCAAGGCUGAGGCUACGAGGCGAGUGGCUUUUGCCGCUUUUGUUCUGGACUCCACUCACGCCACUAUGUUCGGGCACUCCGCCAAGAUGGUUGCGCACGAGCUUCGGUUGCCUUUGCCUUGUGAUGAGGCGCUGUGGUCUGCGACCAGCGCCUCAGAGGUGGCUCGCGUGCAAUCGAGCCUGCAUGCCAACGGUGUUAAACCUGUCAUGUUUCUGGAUGGGCUUAAGAAAACCCUUAAUGGCCAGCGGGUCCGGACGAAUGCCUUUGGCCGGACCAUUCUCAUGGCUGGAUUGCUUAGCGUCAGCUGGCAUAUGAACCAACGAGACCUCCAGGUGAGCUCACUAGGGGGCCCACCGGCGCUGGGGGGCCGGGACAAAUGGCGGUCAGCGCUGUUGCGAGCUUUUGACAAUUGGCGACGAGACUUUGAUGAAGCGCUGGGCCAGUCGGGAUCGGGGCCAUUUCCUACUGGAUACCGUCCCCGAUAUCCUCUCGAUGACGACAAUGUCUUCGAGUCGCGCGACGUGCUGCAUGGAUUAGCACACAUGGCUUCUCACGUUGACAUAGUUGACUGCCAGAUCUUUGCUGGAGCCGGUCGGCUCAUGGGAAGGUCCAUCACCCCGAGAGACUACAAAGCUGCGCGCGAAAAGAUGGUGGAUCGAUGGGCCACGAAGGCAACUGCUCGUGACGCCACAUUCUACGCCUUGAAGUUCUUAUCCGAGUGCCUUCUGGAUGGAAAACGGGCUUUGAACGAGGAUGGCGAGUUGUAUUCAGGCCGGGACGAUUACCUUCUUAACAGGCCGUGGGUGCUGUACGUGGCGGCACUAGUUGUCUGGUGCUAUGGAUAUGCACUAGAAGGGCCCAUCACUACUCCUGUCAAGCUGGUCACCCCUGCUGAGCAGCAGCGCGACAUGCAGGAGUUUCUGCGACGGGUAGGCGGUGUCCGUGAGCCCAGUGACUUGGAAACGAUGAGAGGACGCAACCGCUGCCUGGGCUUGUUGUUGAUCCUCCGGGACGGGUUCACCAAUACCCGCUGGGAAUUACUGACCGAGGCAGGCAACCUGCUUAGCAGUUGUAUAGACAAACUGAACGGCGGAGCAGCUUGAAAAGUUCACCAGGAUAUGCUUGUUUCAUAUCUAUGUAUAUAGCGUCUGUGGGCGGAUUUUCACUUAUUUGUACAUGUGAGAUGCUUGAAUUACGA